CUGAUGAAAAGCGGAGCGCUAGGAGUGUGAUUAUUAUCGUCGUUUUUUGCGUGUGUUCGUUCCAUUCGAUUUAUUUUUAUUUCCCAGUAAAAAGUCACUUUUGAUUCUUCAUCGAAUUACUAUUAUUUUUACGCCCCUCUUAAUUUUUUUCCGUGGUACCAAAGAAGAUAAAGAUACAACAUGUCUGAACAGGAUGAUACAUUCCCUGGACAGGAAGUGGAGGUGACGCACCAUGAAAUUGAGACCCCUAAAUGUGGAAAAGUCCAUGUAUACGUACAAGGUGACCUUAAUAACGUAGAAAAGAAAGCUAUAUUUCUAACUGUUCACGACAUAGGAAGUAAUCAUUCAACAUUCCAAGAUUUUGUUGAACACCCUUGCAUGAUUGAGAUUAAACCCCGUUCUGUGUUCAUUCAUAUUGAUGUGCCUGGACAACAUGACCAUGCUGAUGACCUUCCUUCAGAGUUUCAAUUUCCUACUAUCCAACAAAUGGGAGAAGAUUUAGUAGCAAUCUUAGAUCAUUUGAAAGUGAAACUUGUUGUUGGAUUUGGUGAAGGAGCUGGAGCAAAUAUUUUAGUCAGAUUCGCUCUGGCUAAUCCAUCGCGAGUCCUAGGUUUAGUUUUAAUUCAUUGUGUUUCAACUGGAGUAGGUGUUAUGGAAUAUUUCAAAGAUAAGUUCAUGAAUUGGAAACUUUCUAAUGUUGGGAUGAAUCCAUCUACAGAGCAGUACCUUGUACUGCACAAAUUUGGAGCGCAAUUGGAAACAGUUGAAAAUAAAGAAACAUUGAUUCAAGAUUAUACUGAAAAGUUGAAAAAACAAAUCAAUGCAAAAAAUUUGCGCCGAUAUGUUGAAUCUUAUAUGAACCGUAAAGAUAUUACAAGUGCCAUAGAAACUAAUCUUAAAUCCAUGGAUGUGCUGCUGAUUAGCGGAGGUAGAGCUUCACAUCUUCAGGCCGUCCAAAAUCUUUAUGCACGAAUGGAUAAACAAAAAACUUCAUUCCUUAGAAUAGAUAGCGUGGGAGAUGUUUUCGCACAAGCGCCCGAAAAACUUUCUCAAAGCUUGCUCUUGUUUGUCAAAGGGCUUGGAUACUUGACUUCCGUGACAAUGCCUGGGGUGGAGCGGCAGAGGACCUUCUCAGGGGGUGACCCGAAGUCCCUGGGUGCCAUCGGGCGACGGCGCACGCUUUCCAUGGAGGAAUACGACAUGCCGCGGCCGAGGCGCCUCUCCCUCACCAUCACCCAAAAGUGAGGCGUCGCAGCAGAAGUCGAUGUCUCCUCUCCGUGUGCAUGUGGGACUGAACGAGAAAGCUUUUUGAAUAAGUAGGCAGCGGUGCGUCUCACGUUUUAACACAAAAAAAAAGAACUCUUUAUUUGGGACUCGCUGUCAGAUUGAUUUUUAAGCUAUACUUUAUUGUGUAUUAGUUUACGAGCUGAAGGUCAACUGUAUAUAUCUCUCUACCUGUUGGGAACUGACUGGGGUUUAUAUUACCGACAGAGGAAAUAGUUUUCGCUUGUUUUCCUUCCUUGUGGUAUAUGUAUCUGAUAUGCGUUGUUGAAGGUCGGGGAUCUCUUAUUCUUUUAAUCCCUCGUGAAAUCAAAAGACUGAAUUUUCUUUCGUCUCCCACACAUGAAAUUUUUGGCACAAUUUAUUACAUGCAUUAGCCUCUGUUGAUGUUCAUAUGUUUCCAUUUUUUCAGUGUAUUAUGGUGUAUUUUUGAUGUGUUUUUAAAAGAAGUUGCUUCAAAGCGUGUAUUCUUUGGAUGAAAUGGAAUUCAUACAUGGCAGAUGCACAUUGCUGCAUUGCUAAAUGCAGCAAUACUUACUGAACACUAAUGACAACAUUGUAUUCCAAAUAAUAUUCUGUAUCCGUUUUAUAAACCCUUAUUCGUUUUCAGGCCCACUUAUAGCUUCAAAAAGAAAAUUGUUGUAUCAUAUUAUGCGCUUAUACAUUUUUUAGAAAGGACCAUCAUUUAUAGUAGAAGCAAAACGAAAACCCUGCUGAUCAAAAAAUAAAUGAUCCCUUUGAAAUGUAACUUUUACGUUUUAAAGGAACCAUGUUUUUAUGAAAUUAUAUUGUAGUUACUGUCUGUGUGUCUUUAUAAUAUAGCCUUGUAGAGAAAAUGAUUUAUUAAAGAUCUGUAGUUUAGAUUACAGGUGGCAGAUUUAGCACAUAUAUCCUGCUAUUUUCCAGUUUCAAAUGAAGGGCUUUUAAAAGAUGGUAACUUAAUUUGGAAAUUUCUAUAUGCAGCAUUCAGACAGCGUUUUUUUUUUUUCUUCUUUUGUUAAACAUUAAAAAUUUGUUUGCUUGUUUAUGUUUUUCCUACAUUAGCUCUUAGCAAAUAAGAAUUUAUUGCAUAUAUUGUAAGGGUUAACAAAUCAAGUUUUAAAGCACGCAUACCCAUUAUGAAAAUAUUCUUUGAAAGAAACUUGGGUUACAUUUAUAUUAGCGCAAAAUACCAGGAUCAAAAUACUUUGUAAUAUUUUUCUUUGAGCAAACCAGUUAUUGAAUCAGUUCAAUACUUAAUUAUCUGGUUUUCUUAAACAAUAGAAAAAUCGUGCACUGCAGUCUUUAGUUUUUGAUUUGUAUUCUGCGCAUGCGCAUUAAAAACAAAGUAUGCUUGUUGCGUUCCCCCCGAGAAAAUCUCAUAUAAUCCGUUCGCAAUUUUGCUCUUGAAUCUCAUCGCAGUGCCAUUUGGAACAACAUUUGUUUUAGAAUGUUAAAAAGAUGAUUGUAUAUAUCCCUGUAGUGAUGUUAGAGUUAAAAUGAAAAAUGAUGAAAGGUCAUACAAUUUAAAAACCCUUUUCUUAAAUGAGCCUUAAUGUAAACGUUGCAUUGUUCUGAAUUAAGAUUUCCCGGUAGUUAACAAAUAGUAAGCGGCAAGGAAAUUUCAAAUAUGACUGAACCAGGCAUACAUGGAUUUUUUAAGUUACAAAAUAAAUAACGACGUUUUCUUCGCUACUUAUAGAUGCUCAGGGAUACCUUCAUUUUUUGUGCCUCGGAAAAAUACUAGUUUCAGGAAAAAUUAAAUUUGAAGUACACUUUUUGAUUACAAAAGUACAAUAAUGUUUUAAAAUGUAAAACUAAUCUUAAAGCGGUAAUACAAGCAAAGACAUUUUUCAAACUCAUUUUUAUUGGCAUAUCAAAAUUAUUAUUUUUAUUUUCUAUUUCAUAUUGAAAUGGUUUUACUUGCUAUGAGUUAUCUGAAAUUCGUAUGAGGUCUAAAAAUGUUUGUAAUUAACAAGAUGAAUUAAGACAUUUUUUAUUUCGUUUUCUUAAAAAAAGUAUUUCCUCCCCCCUCCCCCCCUUAUGCAAUUUCAUCGCAUGUCUAGCACAUGUCAUAAAAAAAUUGUUGCAUUGAAUCUCUUAAUGCAUGUUAUAAAAUUCAAACUUUCUGUAUUACUGAUUGGUCCUGUGCCACAUACAGGUAAUUAAGAGUGUAUAUUGUUUAGUAACUAACCCAAAAUGUUAGAGUUUUGUAUACAUGUGAGACAGCAUUAGAUUAUGAACAUUGUUAUUGUUUUAAUAGAUCUAUUAGGAGCUAACAAACUGCAUUGAAGAAUUAAUACACCCAAUCCUUUUACCGUUUACUCUUUCUCCAUUGUCAGCAAAUAUUUUUCGUAAACAUGUAUUUCACUUUUUUAAAAAUCAGCGUUAAGUAAAAGUAUUAAAAAUGUUCAUAAUACUUGUGAAGUUUACCAAACAUUAAACCUGGAAUGUUUGAUCCUUGUACAUUUUCAUAGGUCACUUUUUUAUGUAAAACUAUUGUUAAUAUGCAGUUUAGAAAAAUAUGAACACACAAAGUCCUGCUAGCUAUCAUUUUCUUCUUGUAUAUUACUGUUUCAUUUCGCAUUAUAUUUUUGUCCGUUUUAGCAAGCAAUAAAAAGGCUGCAGGCCUUUCUGCUGUCCUCAUUAUUAGCAUAUAUAUCUUAAAGAAGAAAGUGAGUGUUAUAUUCCAUUUUAUAUGUAUAAAAGUGUGGAUACACAGCGUGGCCAUAGUUAAACGACCCUAGUUUAAAGUUGACUAGGAGUGAAACUAUUCCUCAAAACUUAACAAAAGUAUGUGUAGAACAUAAUGAAAAGAUGGGAAAUUGAGUGAACAAAAAAAUAAAAUAAAAUAAUAAUAAUAAUAAUUACAAAUUUCGUCUCCAAAGGGCGUUUUUUUAUUUGAACUAUGCAUGUACCACACAUUUACGAUAGUUAAAAAUUUUAUUUCAAAAAAAAUUAUUUUGCCGACAGCUCAAUCGGAUUUUUUGGCAACCCUCUGGAAUCUUUAAACAGUAAGUUGACGGCGAUGUGCUCUGGAAAGUUUUCCGAAGAUGUCGUGAAAUGCCGUCUUUAAGAUUAGGUAAAAUUUCUUAUUUUGACAAGAUGUUCCAUGUACCUCAAAAACUAAAAGUCACAUGGAUUGAGGUCUGGAGAUCGGGAAAGUCGCAAGUCACGGCAGUCGCGGCUGAUGACACGUUCUUCUGUGAAGUGAUUUUUGAGGACGUCGUUAACUCAAACACUAAUGUGUAGAAAAGCUCCUCCAGGAAAAAGAUGGUGAAAUCUACAUCAUAAUAAAUGAGCUGUAUAUGUGUAUUUCAUUCAAAACGUCCUCUGAUAGCGAAAUUUUGAACUAUGUUUUACUGUUGUUAUUAUUUUCUCAAAAAAGGUCCCACCCCUCUAUUAUGAUCAAAGUUUCGCUAAUGUCUGAUAAAUAUUUUCUUCGCUCUACAACUUUAGAGUAAGAUCGUUUAAUUGUGGUCA